ACAUAAACAAUUGCACGUGAGCGCUAAAAAAUUUAAAUUAAAAUGGAUCUUUUCGUAAUUAAUCGCUAUGAUGAGUCAAAAACUGAAGGAAACAGCAAAAGUCGUGAGGAGAAAAUUUUGGAGAAACUUCAGAGAAGGAUAGAAGAAAAGAAGAAGCAAAAACAGCUUGAUCAAUCAAUUAACAAAAAUGACAGCAUUAAGAUUGAAUCUAUGGACAUUGAACCAGUUAAAAGUGAUGAAAUGGUUAAAAAAAAGAAGAAGAAAAAUAAAGUUAAGAAGGAACAAUUAGAAGUUGAAUUUAAGAAGGAACCAGUAGAUACAGAAACAAACGAGAAAACUGAAGAAUUAGAAGAAAUGUCGUAUACAAUUUUAGGAGGACAGAAAUUCGUUGAGCCACAACCUAUUGAAAUGAUUCUGCCUUAUUGGCUUGCAAAUCCAGAAAUUAUAUCAAGUGAUUUGAGUAUUAAAGGAACGGAAGUUGCUGAGCUCAAAUACAUUUGUGAAACGCUUCAGAAAAAUUUAAAGAACAUGAAGAUUAAAAAUUUAUUUCCUGUUCAAGAGAAAAUAAUGCCAAACAUUCUUAAUGCUCACAAGAAACCAAUUCCAUUUCGUCCAAAAGACAUUUGUGUGUCAGCAGUUACCGGCAGUGGAAAGACAUUAAGCUAUAGUGUUCCAAUUGUUCAAUAUAUAGUUGACAAUAAAACUGAGAGUCGAGUAACUGCUCUCAUCAUGCUUCCUGUUUUUGAGCUUGCGACACAAGUUGCUUCCGUCUUUGACAAACUUUGUAACAAUUUGAAAGUUCGUUGUUUGUUGCUUACAAAACAUCGAGAUUUUGCAGCCGAACAGAAAGCUUUAAUUGAAAAGACAAUCGAUGGUGAAUUUAGUUCAAAAGUUGACAUAAUUAUCAGUACGGGUGGAAGACUUGUAGAGCAUUUAUUCUACACAGAGGGAUUUAAUCUGAAAUCCCUAAAAUUUCUAGUAAUUGACGAAGCAGAUCACGCAAUGUCACAAGUUCAUAACGAUUGGUAUCAUCAUUUGCUACAACAUCUAGGAAUCAUUAAUGAAUUGCAAUCUAAUCGACUUAGCUAUCGGGAUUUAAUGUCAUUAGUAAAUGACGAUGGAAGUUAUAGACUUCCUCAAAAGCUUCUAUUUUCGGCUACGCUCAGUCAGGAUCCUGAAAAAAUGAGCACAUUUAAUCUGUUUCAACCAAAAUUAUUCACAACUGCUGAUAAUAAGGAAGACUUAAUUAAAUAUCAAGAAAGAAAACAAGAAGAGGAUCAACGAGGACAAUUUAUUGGAAAAUAUACAACGCCUGCUGAGCUUAAGGAAUUCUUUACGAUUACGGAGUACAAGCUCAAACCAAUAACACUUUAUGCAUUAAUUAAGAAACAUAAUUGGAGUAGAUUUUUGUGCUUUACAAAUACAGUCGAGACGUCGCAUCGUUUAUCAUUUAUACUGCAAACACUUUUUGGCAAAGAUUUAGUAAUUGAAGAACUUUCAUCCUUACUUCCAUUAAAAAUUCGUCAAAAAGUUCUUCACAGAUUCAGUAACGGUGACGUAAAUGGACUCAUUUGUAGUGAUGCUUUAGCUCGGGGUAUAGAUGUUGCCAAAAUUGAUUGUGUAAUUUCUUAUGAUGUCCCAAAGCAUUUAAAAAUUUAUAUUCAUCGAAUUGGUCGUACAGCACGUGCAGGACAUGAAGGAACUUCCGUUACGCUCAUUGCACCGGAUCAAAUAAACUUUUUCGACAAACUCAUAAAAACUGCAAACAAAAAGUCUGUACAGGAAAUGAAACCAGAACGAGAAAUUGAGGAAUUGAAUGCACUUAAUUUUGCCAAUGCACAAAAGAAAUUGCGAAAAGCAUUGGAAGUUGAAACGAACGAAAGGUCAAAGGUUAAAUCCAAGUCAGGUGGUUUCUCAUUGUUUGAAAAGUUACAGAAACAAGUUAAACCUGCUGAAACUAUCGAAAUGGUUCCUGAAUCUUGGAAACAUGAAAAUAUUCAUGAAACUCCCACAAAUGGUAAAAUCAUGAAAAAGGAGAUGAAAAAUUUGAGUAAGAAAAAACUAAAGAGAAAUAAAGGAAAGCAGGCAGAUAAAUCGAAAGAAGUUUUAAAUUAAUUUUUAUUGAAAUUAAAAUCAAAUAAUGAAUUUUUAAAUUCCAAUAAACUGAAAUUCUAA